AUGGCCAACCUCGCGUCGACGUACCGGAAUCAGGGGCGGUGGAAGGAGGCGGAGGAGCUCGGGGUGCAGGAACUGGGUAUCUGCAAGAAGGUGCUAGGCGAGGAGCAUCCCUCAACGCUGACCAGCAUGGCCAACCUCGCGUCGACGUACUGGAAUCAGGGGCGGUGGAAGGAGGCGGAGGAGCUCGAGGUGCAGGAACUGGGUAUCUGCAAGAGGGUGCUAGGCGAGGAGCAUCCCUCAACGCUGACCAGCAUGGCCAACCUCGCGUCGACGUACCGGAAUCAGGGGCGGUGGAAGGAGGCGGAGGAGCUCGGGGUGCAGGAACUGGGUAUCUGCAAGAAGGUGCUAGGCGAGGAGCAUCCCUCAACGCUGACCAGCAUGGCCAACCUCGCGUUGACGUACUCGAAUCAGGGGCGGUGGAAGGAGGCGGAGGAGCUCGAGGUGCAGGAACUGGGUAUCUGCAAGAAGGUGCUAGGCGAGGAGCAUCCCUCAACGCUGACCAGCAUGGCCAACCUCGCGUUGACGUACUCGAAUCAGGGGCGGUGGAAGGAGGCGGAGGAGCUCGGGGUGCAGGUGAUGGAGACCCGCAAGAGGGUGCUGGGCGAGGAGCAUCCCGACACGCUGACCAGCAUGGCCAACCUCGUGUUGACGUACUCGAAUCAGGGGCGGUGGAAGGAGGCGGAGGAGCUCGAGGUGCAGGUGAUGGAGACCCGCAAGAGGGUGCUGGGCGAGGAGCAUCCCGACACGCUGACCAGCAUGGCCAACCUGGCCUGGACUUGGUAUAAGAUUGACCGAGUCUUGGAAGCGAAGGCGUUGAUGCAGGAUUGCAUUCGCUACCGGCAGAAGAUACUUGGCCAGGAUCAUCCUCACACCCGGUCUUCCAUAUCGACCAUGGCUGGAUGGGAGAGUACGAGGUAA